UUUUUUCCAUUCUUCCGAACGACACAAUUGGUGACUGGUCACCAGUUCCCUUCGAUUUCUUCUUAUAACAUGGCCAAGAUGCUCAACUCCAUACCCACACCAACAACUAGUAACAACUCAUGUCUCAUGUUUCUGUCUCUCACCGUCUGCUUCGUAAUGGCGUCCUUAAUCUGCCCAGGGCUUCUCCUGCCUCCAAGCCUUUAGCUGAGGCUUUGUUAUUACGGGAUGCCCAGGAUCAUCAUUGUCAGUUCAAUCAAGCUGGAUUCCACAACCAUUUGAGUCAUCACAUUCUUGCGGCUUAUGAUCUAGGAGCAUCUCCCGGACUUUUGCAAAAAAUCUACGACGAAGAAGCACGCAUACAGCGUCCGAUUAUUCUCGAAGAGAAGGACAAGGAAAUGAACAUCACUGAGGAUAAUUGGACGCAGUACCUUGGAAAUGAAAACGCCUAUAACGGCUUUGUGACGUUUUUCGAGCACCAAAUAGCUUCUGUUGGCGUAGUCAAAACCCUGGAGACAUUCAUCUUUUCUCCGAGUGCUAAUGAGAGAGGGAAGGUGAUGCUUGCCCGUCUCAUGAGCGGAGUUCUUCAUCCUUUUAUUCAAGUCGGACAUGGUUUGGAAUUCGGGAAUGACGCAUUAGUUUCCACCGGACUUGCUAUGACUGCCAUCCAUACCUCUAUUUCGCCUGAGUUGUCUGAUUUCGAAGCCACUAAUUCCACCACUCCACGGGAGUUUUCUGGAUUAUCCGUCUUGGAAAUUCUCGAGCUCGUCUACAAGUCUCCCACUCUUGCCCCACCCCUUCCAUAUGACCCGAAUGCCCUCGUAAACGCUCGUAUCAAAGCUGCUCUGAAAGACGGAAAAUCAGAAGAGAUCCGUGAUCUGUGCUCGAAAUUCCUUGUCGAUGAAAAUCUUGGAAAUACCGAAAUGAUGUCCAAGAUAGAAGAGUUUGUCUGGGCCUCAGUUUUGCUCAUGUUCGCGACCGGAAAACCAGGCCGAAAGCCUCGCCUUGAUUUCUUCCUUAUGCACCUCGUCACAGCUUCCUUGUUCCUCAGAUCUUAUGUUCACGCACUGGAAAAUCCUGCGCACAAAGCCACAAUCAUCAAAGCGUUCUUGCCACAUAUACUGCUCGUCACACUUUCCAGAGGCCGGCCCAUCAUCAAGCCUCAUCUGCUCAUGGGAACGACGGACAAGCCCCGUCCGCCUUACGCCUCUGGCUCUCCUUAUGCUCGGAGUGAACAUAGUAUUGGAAGUCCUCUGAACGACGAUGAAUACAACCCUUGGUCUUCUUUGAUCGAAGCCUCACUGUAUUCCACAGACUCUCAUCUACUCAAGACCAUGCGAGCUUUGGUUCUUGCCGCCCGCGAGUACGGAGAUACUCCGCCUGGUUCGGUCAUUGGGGCAUUCAAGGAGCACUCUUUAACUGUGUCCAAGGAAGAGACCCAUCCGGGUAUUGCGGAUGUCGAUGGAUCGAUCUUUGUGAGGGCUGCCGGGAUGUUGAUGGAUUAUAUGGGGUGGACCUCGUACGGACAACCGGAAAGAGAGGAUUGGGAUCGGAGCGCACUCGGGUGGGAUGAAGCUUGGAAUAAUGAGGAUUGA